ACCGCAUUUAGGAGAAUUAUCCGAAACAAGUCAACAGAACAGUUCUCUGGCUUGCCUUACAUAUGUGCCCUUUUGACUUGCUUGCUUUGUGCCUGGUAUGGCAUACACACAUUCAAUUCAGCUGGUGCUGUUUGUCAACUUACCUACAUAACCUUGUUCAUUGUAUACACUGAGAGGGCACAAAAGCUUAGAAUGUUUGGGUUACUUGUGGCUGUUUUUGGACUAUUUGCAAUCAUAAUCGUCGGGAGCUUGCAAAUAACUAAAUUCCCUACACGCCAUAUCUUCGUGGAGAUUAUAAGCGGUGCCUCUCUUGUAUCAAUGUCUGCUUCUCCACUGUUUAUAAUUAGUUUGGUGAUACAGACAAGAAGCGUGGAAUUCAUGCCACUCUACCUUUCCCUCUCAAUCUUUUCGGUGAACAAAGUCUUCUUCUUGUAUGGAAUUCUGAGAUCUGAUCCCUUCAUAUACAUCUGUAUGAAAUCUGUUGAAAGACGGUUAGUUGAUGAAGCUGUUGAAACUGGAUAA